UCACAUCCGUGUCGCAGCACAACAGCGGCCCAGACAAACAUCAUCUGCCACCUCCACCAGAAGAAGAAGGAAGAACAAGUGUGACACCAAAGGACAAAGAGGAAUCUGUUGGUCAGAGCGUCUUGAACAGCAUCGAAUCAAGAUGGAGAAUGAGGAGCAACCAGACAGGUCGACCAAACCACGCAAAUCCGUCGCGUUCGACGAGGAGAGUCUAGUCGUGGCCGCUGACGGCAGCGUCGAAGUCAUGGCUACCCCUAUCGAAGAGAAGGACACUGCGGUGUCUCACAGUCCGUCCACCGAAGCUCUCUCUGAAACCCUCGCGUCGACUAAUCCUGCCUCAGCUACCGCUCCCGCCGACACCGAGACCCCGCCUCCCGAGGCUGCCGAUGAUGGCCUGGACCUGGGCCUGAUGAAGAAGAAGAAGAAGAAGGUCAAGAAGGAGGACGAUGGCGAGGGUGCUGGCGAUGAUGUGGCUGCCGCUGAUGAUGGUGGUCUCGACCUGGGCCUGAAGAAAAAGAAGAAGAAGAAGACAGCCAAGGAGGGCGAUGAUGAGUUCGCCGCCAAGCUCGCCGCUCUGGACAUCGACAAGGAGGAGGGUGAAGAGGUCGAGGCUGUCCAGGAGGGUGAUAUGAAACUCGGUACCGGUGUCUGGAACCACGAUGACAAGACGCCUAUAACGUACAACCUCUUGCUGAGUCGGUUCUUUACCCUCCUGACCGAGAAGAACCCCGAGCACGCCACCGGCAUCUCCAAGAGCUACAAGAUUCCUCCUCCUCAGUGUGUGCGCGAAGGCAACAAGAAGACCAUCUUUGCCAACCUCGCCGAGAUCUGCAAGCGCAUGAAGCGGUCUGACGAGCACGUCACGGCGUUCUUGUUUGCUGAGCUGGGAACCAGCGGUUCCACGGACGGUAGCAGGCGGCUGGUCAUCAAGGGUCGCUUCCAGCCGAAGCAGCUCGAAACUGUGCUGCGCAAGUACAUCAUCGAGUACGUGUCGUGCAAAACGUGUCGGUCACCCGACACAGAGCUGAGCAAGGGAGAGAAUCGUCUGUCCUUCGUCACCUGCAACUCGUGCGGCUCUCGCCGGUCGGUUGCGCCCAUCAAGACUGGUUUCUCGGCCCAGAUCGGCAAGAGAAAGAAGAUGCGCGCGUAGAGUGGUGCUGGUGGUGGAUCAUCAUGGCCUGGCUGCGUGGAUGGGACGGUGGUACAUGAGGAACCAGGAAUCUUACGGCGUUCUCUCGGAAGUUUGCCCCCCAAAAAAUCUUGUUUUCUGGUCCUUUGGUAUCUGGGCUUCAUCUCUCUAUACCGCCGCUAUCCAGGCGCAGUAACGAAUCCGUCUUUUGUCAAUAAAAAUUUGAAUUUCCAAUUUCAUUCACUAAGGCAUGUAUGUAUGAUACGUGCCACCCUUUAUAUUCUGACAUACAUUCUGUU